AUACAAAGUAUGGCUUCCAUUUUACCUGCUUCCAAUCGAUCCAUGGGACCUGACAGGAAUACAUAUAAUGGAAAAAGGUUGAAGAAUCCUUAAACCUUUAAGAAUCCUUACCUGGAUUCUACGGAUGAAGACAUUCACUAUCACCUGGAUUUAGGAACAAAAACACACAAUCUACCAGCAAUGGUGGGGGAUGUAAAGUUUGUCUGCGUUGGUGGAAGCCCCAACAGGAUGAGAGCAUUUGCAAUGUUUAUGCACAAGGAGCUCAGACUGCAGGGAGAUGGAGAAGACGUUAAAGACAUCUGCGCUGGAACAGACAGAUAUUGCAUGUUCAAAACUGGUCCUGUGCUCUUCAUCAGCCUAAGUUAUGGCAUUGGCAUUCCCUCCAUUUCUAUUAUGCUUCAUGAACUCAUCAAAUUAUUACAUCAUGCACGGUGCUGUGAUGUCAUCAGUAUCAGAAUUGGUACAUCAGGGGGGAUAGGGAUUGCACCAGGGUCUGUUGUCAUAACAGAUACAGCUGUAGAUUCCUUCUUCCAGCCYUGGUUUGAGCAGGUUAUCUUGGACAAUGUUGUCACUCGGAGUACUGAACUUGACAAGGAAUUGGCUGAAGAACUGUUCAACCGUAGCAAAGAAAUUCCCAACUUCCCAACCCUCAUUGGACAUACAACGUGUACUGAUUUUUAUGAAGGCCAAGGUUGACUAGAUGGAGCAUUGUGCUCCUUUUCUAAGGAAAAGAAGUUAGAUUACUUGAAAAGAACAUAAAAAGCUGGUGUGAGGAACAUUGAAAUGGAAUCUACAGUGUUUGCAGCCAUGUGUGGUCUGUGUGCUCUAAAAGCAGGAGGUGUGUGUGUUGACCCUUCUUGACCGCUCGAAUAUGACCAGAUCAACUUGUCUCAUGAUGUUCUGAUGGGAUACCAGCAACGGCUUCAGCUCCUAAUCUCAAACUUCAUCAAAAAGCAACUUGGACUUUGUGACCAGAUGUCAUAA